CAGAUUUCGACGACGUCGUUAUAAUUGGAAAACUUGUGCAUUCACUACAACCACUCUAUCCAACAUGGUUCGUAUGAGUGUUCUAGCAGACGCCUUAAACUCUAUUGCCAACGCUGAAAGAAGAGGAAAACGACAAGUUCUUCUUCGUCCCAGCUCUAAAGUCAUCAUCCGCUUUCUACAAGUGAUGCAAAAACACGGAUAUAUUGGAGAGUUUGAACUCGUGGAUGAUCACCGAUCAGGUAAACUGGUUGUUCAUUUGAUAGGCCGAUUGAACAAGUGUGGCGUUAUAUCACCACGCUAUGACGUCAAAGUGCACGAAAUGGAACAAUGGGCUAGUAAUCUACUCCCAAGUAGACAAUUUGGUUUUGUAGUGUUGACUACUUCUUAUGGUAUAAUGGACCAUGAAGAGGCGAGAAGGAAGCAUACUGGAGGAAAGAUAUUAGGCUUCUUUUAUUAAAGCAGUUUCUUUUGACUUGCCAGAAAAACAAAGUACAACAACUUUGC